AUCUAUUCUAACUUUUUUUUAAGGACAACUCGGGCAAAUAUGAAAAAAAGUGAGAGGAUCAUCCGUUAUGUGAUCUACAUUUUAGUGUUGGCCGAUGUGGGAUUCACUGUGGCGGACAUUUAUAUGUACUCUCGCAGUUUUCUGCAGCAUUUCCAUUGCUGGAAGUGUGUGUACAAAUCGUAUUUGAUUGUUGCCGCAUCCGUGUCGGCUUUGAGGAUUCCACUUUUUAUCGUUGGCAUUCCAUUGAUAGUCCUAAGGCUGCACAAAAGAAUUCGAAUUUAUCUGCCGGUUCUUUUUCUGGCCACUUGGUUGCAAAUGAUGAUGACUGUUCUUGUGUCACAGGAGUACCCAGUUAUACGUGACGUACUUCGAAUAUGGACAAAUCACCAAAGUCUGGAUUUUUUUCAAAAGACUGAAAAGUGCUGUGGAGUUGUGGGUCCUGUUGACUAUGUAUUUGCCGAAAAAGUGAUCCCCUUAUCCUGCUACCGGGAAUACAAACGGAAAAAAGCGAAUCUGUACAGAGUUGGCUGCUCCACACAAUCCAUAAAGCCGCCGUUUGUGCCUGUUGUACAAGUGGUCUCAGUCCUCAUCCAGUACGGACUAGUUCUCUGCAUACUUCUGUACCUCAUAUUGCUUAAACGGAGGAUUCGUCGCAGAACUCAGUGGUCGGUGUAUGCCAGUGAAGGAGAAGUGACUCCAAGUGAUAGUGCCAGUGAAGGAGAAGUGACUCCAAGUGAUAGUGGUGAUUAAGAAUCUGUUUGGAACUGGGAAGUAACCUCAAAGAGGCAUCUGCUUCCAGUGAACUUUAGAGUUACUUCUCAGAUCCGAAUGGAGCUUAAGCAUCGGAUUUUCAUGUGGAAUUCAAAUUCGGUUUCACUUUGCAAUUUACAUUUCCCCUGUGAAAAGGGGAAUGGGUAUUGGCAUUGGCGUGCGAGACAAAUUGGAUGCUGCUGGCUCUCGUCAUAUUUCACGGACUGCAAUCAAUAACGAUAAACACUUGAGUCGAAAAUCCAAUGUCCAGAAUCCCUGCGAUGGCAUGCAUAUGGAUGAGCCAAUAAAGAAAUCAACAAAGCAUGUCCGGCGAUUGAAAAAGUAUUGCAAAUACUGUCGGAAGAGCCGGGACAGCCGGGGAAUCGGAAUCGGACUCCAAUCCGGACAAUAUGCAAAUGCAGCUAAGCAGAAAAUAUUCAAGGACGAUCAGAAAACCUCCCAACCGCCCGAGUUUAUUUCCCUUUUAUGUCUCUCGUCCCGCGCAUAAAUUUUAUUGUUGUCAACAUUAAAUUCUAGUCGUGGAAAACAAUUUUGCAGCAUUUGAAAAUCCAUAAAAUAUGCAUACAAAAUUGUCCGGCGGAACGACCAACUUUA